AUGCCUCGAGUUCGAGUGCCCUUCAGACGUACUGGAGUUCGUUACACUGCACGGCCCGGCCGACGACUCGUAUCACCACCCCCAGCUCGUCCAGCUGGUAAAGGAGGUCUUAUGGGUUUAAUCGGAGGCUUAGGUGGUCUACUUUUAUGUUUACUCUGCUUAGCGACAAUGGGCUUACUCGGUCUCUUUGCAUCAUUCAUUGCAGUAACCGCUUAUCUCGGAAAACUCUAUAGAGCACUGAAAACUAUUGCUGGUAGUGGUGCACCUGGACUUUACGUAAAUUCAGUUGUCUUACUGGCCGCCUUAUGCUUUGCCGGUUUUCAUAAGAUACGACGAUCAUUAUAA